AAAAUGGCAAUGACUAGAUAAAAUGGUUAAAUCAUUGUCGGUAGGUGAAUGGAUUCUAGGAAAACAAACAGUGUAGGCAUGCCAGCGGCAAGUUUCAUUCGCAUCGACAUGCCAGUUUGUUAGCAGACCGUAGUAGUGACGGACCUACUCGCUCCGGGCUCUGACGAGUCGUGUGUAGAAUAUAGACGCGGUGCCGACUGUUGAGUGUUGACUCAGUUGUUAGCUGUCGCUCGACACAGUUGGCUGUCUUGUACGGUUACAAGCGCGCUAUUUCUUUAAACUCGUUUAUUUAAUUUAAAAUAUUUGUUCAUUCAAUCAGUUCACGGUACCGUUCAUUGACGGACAUUGCCCAACACUAGUUAGCGUCAAAUUUUAUGUGAAGUGACGUUUUCGGGAACACGGAUUUUGAAAGUUGCGUGCAAGCGACUUUACAAUUACAAACAAAGUUACUUUGGUGAAAAUUAUGGAAGUGAAUGCCGCUUGGAAUUUGUGUUGUGUGUUUUUAUUGUGAUAAACCGUGGCCUCUGGAGAGGAGACUAGCGGAGCCCGCGGCGCGCCGUGUAGUAAUAGUGCUAUACAACAAAUGUGUUUGCUGGAGAAACGAAAGGCCUGCAUCAGUCCUUUAGACAUGACUUUGGCAGCCAGAUAUCCACAAUAUGCAACAGAAGUGGCACUGCCCCUCGGCUGGCCCGGCGUGUGCUGCCCCAACUGCCGGCAGCAAGUGCUGCUGGGCUGCAAGGGCCACUACCCCGCGUACGCCACGCCCACCUCCCCCCUCUACCCCGCGCCCUACAACGAGGAGCUGAAGAGGCUAGCUGACACCGUCAAGGCACUCAGAUUGUCCGGGUGGUACUAUGGGAAUUUGGAUUGGCAGGGAGCGAGAAAUCUUCUAAAAGAAGCGAGUGUGGGCGCGUUCCUGGUCCGGGACUCCGGAGACAGGAACUUCAUAUUCUCACUGUCGGUGCAAACGGAAAGAGGGCCCACAUCUGUUCGGCUACAUUUUGAAUGUGGCUUCUUUAGACUAGACUGCGAGAAGCCGCUCGCGCGCUACAUGCCGCGUUUCCGCUGCGUGGUGGAGCUGGUGGCGCACUACAUGCGGUUGCGCGCGGCGGCGACGGCGGCGGGGACGGGCACGGUGUGGGUGGACCGCGCCGGCGCGCCGCACUCGGCCGUGCUGCUGCGCGCGCCCCGCCGCAGCGCGCCGCCCACUCUGCUGCACUGCGCCAGGCUCGCGAUACAUAAAGCGCUGGACUCGGACCCUAGAUCGCCUAAACUAUGGAGCGCGCCGAAACACCGCCUCCUACCGCUGCCGACGACGCUCCUAGACUACCUCGGCGAGUACCCCUACUCGAUCUAGCACGUCUGUACCUAGACUAGAUAUGUAGAUUAAACCUAGGUCUAACGUGACUUCUAAUGUGCUGCCUCUUU